AUGAACAUUACUCUUGUUUUUGGGACGAUUGGUAACGUGGCCGUCUCAUACUUAACGGGCGAAUCACCGAGUCGCGCCGAUAUCAAGCGUACCCAAAUGAGCAGCAAAAUUACUGAGACCACGAAGUCUUUGGUGUCAAAAGGCCGUCGUUCUCUGCUUCAUCAACCGGCUCCUGGGGGUGCUUCCGUGGCCAUACAUAUGGAUUCGGGUUAUGUGGGCCAUUCUAUGCAUUACCUACAUAACGUUGCUCCUUCUCUUCCUCACCGUAUGCAGACCACUAAGUCUGUACUUCCAAGUCUAUCCCGACCCAGGUCCUUGUAUCAGAUCAACAUAUCACAUAUCCGUCCACGCCGCUCUGAACUGUGUCACAGACGUAAUGCUGAUUAUUCUUCCAAUUCACUGGCUUCUCAAGAUUCGGCGUCCCUGCUCGUCGGCCUCUUCUCCGUCGGCAUUGUCCUCGUGGUGAUCUCCGCUCUCCGGUUCCCCUUCCACCAAGGCGCGCUAGAUACUCCAUUGCAGACUAUCUUGAGUCCCAUCGAGGAGCUUCUCUCCGCACUGGUUGCCAACGUGCCCACAUUGUACAGCCUCCGACGGGCCAGGCAGCCAGAGACGCCUCCGCAGCAGACGCAGUCAUCCCCAAAGAGACUUCCACGAGCGGUCGACAGCAUCAUAAUUAUGCAGACUGUGGAUGUAGAGGACUCCCGCACGGAUGAUCAGACACUCUCUACAACCAUGACCGAUCGAGCGUUAUCCACUACCAUGGCUGAUCACGACCUGAACGACGACAGCGACGGACACCUUGUUCGCAAUGGACCGGAAUAA